ACGAAACGGGGAACAAUCAAGCAUUGUUAUACGUCGUGGACUUACAAUUUUUGGCAGUGAUUUUACUCAUUUUGGGCCAUCAUGGCCAACGCCACACCAGACAAUAAUGAGGACAAAAAUUUACCGAUUAUUACCGAAAUUUUCCGGGAUUAUUUGAAGGAGAAUUUCAACCUAACCGGAGAGUUUUUGGCAGAACUGUUUUGCUCAAGUGGCAUGAGCGAAGAAACAUUUACCAGCUCAGAGCGCAUCCUCGGCGACAAAGCCCCUGUCUCUUUGCUCCUUGAUGAGCUCAAGAAGUGGAACAAGAAAGGAACUUAUGAAGUGUUCAUUCGUUGUCUCAGAUCUACAGGAAACGACGACCAUGCCAACUUUCUGGAGGGUUACUCAGAGAUGGAUGCAGCUGAAGAUAGAUUGCUUGUCAAACACAUCAUGCGGCCUUACUGCGUCAGACUCAUCAAUCGGAUACAACCUGAGGACAUUCUACCGAUGAUGUUCUGCUUUAGCCAAGAAGAGGCUGAUGGCAUAUUCCGUGUUGUGGAUAGAUUUGGGGAUAUUCGAGGGGCUCAGGCUUUCUUGGGAAUUCUAUUCAAGAAGGGAAUGGAAGGUUUUUGUCAGCUUCUGGAAGGUUUGAGAAAAACCAAUAACGCAAUUCUGGCAACCGAACUUUACGAUAUGAUCAAUUCAGCAAGAAAAGAAGAUGGGUUAAACAAUCUCUCAUCCAAAGGUUUUGAUAUGGAUUGGGCGUCCUCGUCAUCAUCCUACACAGGUACCAUAAUGGAUAGGCCAAAUAUUUUUGAGGGUGACGCCCCUAUGGAGGACAACACCAGUGGAUAUCCAGAGAGUGGAACUUUACAGAUGAACAUAUUGUUUUCGACCGCUCAAGGGGCAUCGGCUGGAAGUUCUGAAAUGCAAGUAUCGGGUGAAAAGAUUCAGCCACUUAGACUGCAUAAUUUUCAAAAGGAGCUAGUCCAGUCUGCUUUGAGGGGAUUAAACUCGGUGAUCGUGGCCCCUACUGGCUCUGGCAAGACUGUCAUGGCUGCCAGGGUGGUGAAAGCAUUCCUUAAUCGAGAGCCAGGAGUAGGACCAAGGGUCGGUAACCCAUCGAGGGUGUUGAGCCAGGGCUCAAACAAGGUUAUUUUCCUUGUCAACAAGGUUCCUCUUGUGGAGCAACAGUGCAGUCUGUUCAAGACCUACAUGGAUGAGACACGCAUCAUUGGGCUGACCGGGAGCGGGAUGAGCAGCGCGGCCUCCCUGAGUGACUUGUUGGAAAUGAAGGACGUCUUGGUGAUGACGGCGCAGAUCUUGGUCAAUGCCCUUCAGAAUCCGGACCAAAACUCUGAUCAAUCCAUAGAGCUUUCUAAGAUAGGUCUGCUGGUCCUUGAUGAGUGUCACCAUUGUAAGAAAGACGACCCCUACAAUGCGGUGAUGUCACGUUACUGUGAUUUGAAGAUGUCGUCUCCUGAGGUUCCAAGGCCACAGAUACUUGGACUGACGGCUUCUUUGGGCGUAGGUAAAGGAGGAGGGCAGUAUGCGGCUGAGACACACAUUCUGAAGAUCUGUGCUAAUCUGGACACGGAGGAUCUAUGUAUUGUGCAGAGUGAACAGAACAAGCGAGAGCUAAGACUAAAGAGGGAUAAACCACGAGAAGAAAUCUUUUCUGUGCCACACCGCACAGAUGAUAGCUUUGUCACUGAAAUGAUUGACGUAAUGGUGAAGAUUGAGGCGAAGAUUUUACAAACUCCAGCGGGAAACAGAUGGAUGAGGUUAUCUGGAUGCCCAAAGCGUGGCAGCCAGGAGUAUGAGAACUGGCUUGUCCAAAUGGACAAGUUCUUCGUUGAAGAAGCUGACCGCGACCAAACUCUUCUUACAACAUGCAAAGAUCAUCUUAAGGUGUUAAAUGACUGUCUUUAUAUCAACCGAGAUGCCAGGACUCAAGAUGCUAUGAACCAUUACAUGCAUUACAUUCAAGAACUCAAGGAUGCAACCGAAGGCCUGAAUGAGAUAGAGGGAGAACUGGUUCAAAUGUUUCAAGACAAAUUGGGACGCUUCGAAAUGUUGGCGUCAAGUCACCAGCAAAAACACCAGAAUCCCCUCUUGGAAUGUUUAUCCGAGAUUCUAAACGGAUCCACAAUGAAGAACCCAGACUCACGAGGGAUCCUCUUCUGCAAGACUCGAAACACUACAGAGGCUCUUAUUGCUUGGAUUGAGAACACGCCUAGCCUGGCUUUCCUCAAUCCAGGGCGACUGAUCGGCAGCGGUGGAUCUGGAGGCUUAACUCAAACUAAACAGGAGGAUCUGUUGAAGAUGUUCAAAGAUGGCAGGCACAAGAUCAUUGUGGCCACCUCGGUAGCUGAGGAAGGGCUCGACAUCCAACAAUGUAAUACUGUCAUUCGCUACAACUACAUCUCCAAUGAAAUCGGACGAGUCCAAGCUCAAGGUCGAAGCAGGGCACGUGAUGGCAAGUUUUACCUGAUUGUUUCAGAUGAGUUGGGUCUCGCAGAUCGAGAGACAAGAAAUCGUAUCCGGGAGACUAUGAUGUAUAAAGCCACUGAGGGCAUCAAGAAUAUGGGUCAUCAAGGUUUUGUGAAUCAGAUUGCAAAGUUCCAGCAGGAGAGCCGUCACCUACGGUUGCACAAACAGAGAGUCAAGAACAUGAUGACCCAGAACAAACAGCUCGUGUCAAUUCAGCUCAUCUGCCGUAAAUGCAAGAAGGAGGUGUGCACCCUGGACGACAUACGCUGCAUCGAAAACGCCCAUCACAUCGUUCUGAGUACCUCGUUCCCGGAGAGGUGCCGUCUCAUCGACCAUCCCAAACCAGUCAAGAAGGUCGAUUUCGAGAAGUUGAAGAAAGUCAUGUGCGGCAAUGCCAACUGUCCGCAGGAAUGGGGGAUACAGAUGAAGUAUAAGGGUUGCAAGGCCUUUGCUCUAACUCCGGUAAACUUCAUAUUUCGUGCGAGUGACGGGAGACAGAGGGUCUUCAACAAGUGGAAGGAGAUGCCGUAUAAGGUCACUCAAUGGACCAUAGAGAUGUUGGAACAGCUAGGGGAGAUGGAAGGACAGGAUAAUCUUGAAGAGUCGAGCGAUGAUGAGGAUGAUGAUGUGGAUCAAGAGGAAAGUAACUCUCCGUCGUCUUAGACAGAGGGUCUUCAGCAAGUGGAAGGAGAUACCGUAUAAGGUCUCUCAAUGGACCGUAGAGAUGUUGGAGGAGCUAGGGGAGAUGGAGGGACAAGAUAAUCUUGAAGAGUCGAGUGAUGAUGAGGAUGAUGAUGUGGAUCAAGAGGAAAGUAACUCUCCGUCAUCUUUGGUAGUGUAGAGAGUCCAAAUUCAAACAUCAACCAAUAUCAAAAUCAAAGCGCAAAUUUUAAGCAGUAGCAGUUAAUAACAAUCCACUUAAAGCUAUAGUAGUAGUUGCGGCCGACUUACUACCUUCUGCCUAGUUAGUAGUUAAAAAGCAGGACCGUUCUCUUCAGAACUGAGAAUGCUCCUGAAUUUUGAAAAUCGACUCCGUGGUAUAUAAGGCAACCGUUCUCUAAAGAGCAUAAUCUACCUGGCAAGUAGAUACAUGCAUGGCAGGUGUUACCACAAAUCAAUUAUAUAUUGAUACCUCACCAUGCAAUGCAUCAAAUCCCAUAAUACCUGAACUUUCUCAUAUUUUACACCACUAUUUCCCCUUUGGCAGAAUAUGUAGUGACUAUAUGUCUGCAACAGAUCUGGGUGAUUUUAGUAGCCGAGGGGAUGAAAGCGUAUUUUUUUAAUCAUUUGCAUGCGAGUUUAAAACAAAAGAUGUAAUUUUGAUUGUGAAACAUCGACAGGAUUUACCUUUCUCCAGUUUUCUCGAGUCACAUUGUAAGUGACAAAAAUAUUUUAAAAUUACAACAAGAAUGCACAGUUUAUUCGCUGUUGAAAGUACCCCGAUGUGGUAAAAAGUAUGGUCAAUAGUUCAUUUUGUUUUUGUAUGUCACAUUAAGACUGCAGUGGCAUCGUAAAAAAAAUAAGUGUACAACAAAUUAUACCUUUGGUUUUUGAAACUGUUCAACUGAUUUAAUCCAAUGUGAAUGUAGAUAUAUACAAUAAGACAAGCCUGUGUUCAGAAGUUGCCUUAAAUCUGGAGCCAAUAUGUCCCUGCAGAGAACAAUCUCAGAUUUUAAAUCCCUUUAUUUGAAGGCAGUGGAAACUUAUGUAAUGGAGAGCUGUUGAUAGUAUAAAACAUUGUGAGAAACGACUCCCUCGGA